AUGGAUGUCGAUGAAGCUUUGAAGGAUGCAGUAAUAUCAUAUGUUAACAUGGACACCAGAGAAAAUGGUGCAUUACCACGUCGUCCUCAAGAAUCAGGACAUGCUUUUCGCCCAAAUGAUCAAUCAAUGUUGUUAAAUGCUGGUCGACUGCUACAACAAUAUGUUGUAGACAAUUAUGUCAAAAUUGAAUCAGGGAGAUUAAGGUGGAUUAAAGAGCACCAAAGUGAUGUACGUUCUGAAUUGUACCAAGGUUUACAUGAUGCUUUGCAUGUUGGUGAAACUAAUGUAGAGAAUAUUGGAAAAAGAACAAUAUUUCCAUCAUCAUUUAUUGGCGGUCGUCGAGACAUGACACAAUGUUAUGAAGAUGGCAUGACUAUUAUUCUUAAUGGCGGUAAACCAAAUAUUUUUCUAACAAUGACAUGCAAUCCUUCUUGGAGUGAGAUAACAUCAGAACUUUUGCCUUUUCAAACACCACAAGAUCGUCCAGAUUUGCUAACAAGAAUAUUUCGUUCGAAAUUCGAGAAAUUGAAGGAUGAUGUUAUUAAUAAAGGAGUCUUGGGUAAAGUUAAAAGCUACAUGUAUGUCACUGAAUUUCAAAAGCGAGGACUACCGCAUGUGCAUAUGUUGUUAGUCUUAGAAAGUAACGACAAGUUACGUGACCCAAAAGAUUAUGAUAGUAUGGUAAGAGCAGAAAUACCUAAAUUAGAAUGUGAACCACAGUUGCAUGAAGUUGUUAUAAGACAUAUGAUCCAUGGAACUUGCAGCAUAAUCAACCGAAAGUCUCCAUGUAUGAAAGACGGGCAUUGUAAAAAAAGGUAUCCCAAACAAUUCUUGGAUGAAACACGUCAAGGCACUGACUCAUAUCCCGAGUAUAGGAGAAGGUUUGAUGAGUCUGUAUCGUUAGGUCGAUAA